ACGAUUUCAGAGAUGUGCUGCUCGAACUAGAGCGGCUCGAAUCGGAGGACAAACUCGUCCGAAAACGCGCCCUGGAGAACAUCUGCUCGACCGUCAACGCCAUGCACGGUGAUUUGCCUGAGAACAAACGCAAGGUUCUGGUCUCCGUGAUCAUACGUCCCGUCAUAGGCGCUCUCACCGAUCCUACCGAGCGGUGCCGCGAAUUGGGAGCUCAGUUGCUGCUCGACAUCACCUCCGUGCUUCCUCUCUCCGACGACGUCGUAGCCCUGAUCGUGAGGGCACUGCGGCGACGACUUCUGGCCGGCGUCGAGCCUUCGACGAGUGGCGCGUGCGAAGUGGCCGAAGAAGUGCGCCUCAUCGAAGCUCAGGCGCUCACGAGGACCGUCAUGGGUGCCGGUGCGAGGUGUGUGUCUCACCUCAACGACAUCGUCAUUACCCUGUGCUCCUGUCUCGUCGACCCGUUCGUGGAAGUGAAGAAGGAGGCCUGCCGCUGCGUCGUUCAGCUCGAAAAGGCCGUGCCUAACCAUUUUCACCUCCAGUGCGACUCCAUGCUACCCGCUCUCGUCCAGGCGCUGAGACAUCAACAUUCGGCGUUGCGCACACUUGCGGUGCAGGCGUUGGGCCCUAUCCUCGAGCAGAAUGACUGCAACUCACUCACGCCUACAGUAAUUUCUUCAGUGGCAGAACUGCUCGACGAUCGCUCUCCAGCCGUCCGAAUGGCUCUGGGUACGGCUGCGGCUAGAUGGGUGGCUAAAAAUUUCGGACCGGUCGCUCUGCCAAUUGUGUUAAUAGCUCUUACGGAUCCUGUUGAAAGUGUCAGUGCCAAAACAAGUGACCUCUGGCAUGCAGUUGGAAAACUGUAUGCAACUGAUCAGGCAAUGAGGCCCGCCAUCGAGAGCGAGGGUUGCCGACUGCUCGUACAAAAGCACCUCCCGUACUUGGUGGGUGUGGUGCACGACUCAUUGCAAGGCUGGCGGCUGGAAGAGCAGCUGCGCGCAGCCAAGCUUCUGUGCGAAGCAUUUCAGCAUGCUGGGGCACACACGGCCAACCACCUGAGCUCGCUGCUGCCUACGCUCACAACUGUGCUCUGCCGGGACGAACAGGACCUCAGGCUUUGGAUUACAAAGAGCCUGGAAACGUGCGCUCGGUGGGUGGACCCCGAGAGCUGGCUGGAGGCAGUGUCGGUUCCAUUUUCGACUGGUGCACUACAUGCCCUGGCUGCGCUUGUGCGACUAUGCCCACCGGACCGGCUGAGGCCGUACGCUCAGCAGUUGUUCCCCAUCCUGUUUGAGUACUCGGGUGCUGCUGCUGAUACAAGGAGCCAACUUGAAGUGCUGGGAAUCAUGGACGCCCUGCUGUCGUGCGUGUGCGACCCCAUGGACUUGUCGGUGAAGGAACUGUUGUCCUGCUGCCUGAGCAUCCAGGCGUGCUCUUAUCAGGACGAAUGUGUGGCUGAAAAGGUGUCACUGCUGCUGAGGCAGCUUGCAGACAUGCUGAACCUCCCUUGCGUGGAAGACAUGUGCGUUGGCUAUGGCAAGGACAUGAUCCAAGACCUGUCCGAAAACCGGCCACACACCAAGACGACACAGUGGGAUGCUGUGCGGGAGCUUGUCUCACUUGCGGGUUCCCAGAGUAGAGACCUGGUUCCGUCGCUCGUUGCACUGCUCAAUGCGGUGCAGCGGCGGCCAGAGUGGCAGCCGCAGGCGGCCACAGUGCUGCAACAAGCGCUCUCCGCCGGACGCAUGCCCCCGCAGUGCACCAACGCAGCACUGCAGGCCUUACUGCCACUGCUGACUGCCGCAGGCCGACCCAGCGUUCCGGCACGCACUGCUGCACUACGGUGCCUCCUGCAACUGCUGGAGUGCAUACCAUCACUGCAGGUGUCGGGCGAGGUGGUGACUGCCGUGUUGGGUUUGCUCGAGGACGGCCAACCUCAGGUGCGCAUGCUGGCCUGUCAGGCGGCUGCAGCAUGCGUGCCCGAACAGCUGGCUGUGCGGGGCCUGGCGGCGAGGCUCGAGGACGACUCACGCCAGGUGCGCAUGGCCGCUGCCCGCGCCCUUGAGAACCUCGCCUUGGAUGGCCUUGAGGAAGCACUCGACGCUCUGGCCCUGCAUGCCACCAGCAAUGACGCAGCAGCAGGAGGACAAGGAAGUGCUGGUUCUUACCCUGAGGCUCUCAGCCGAUUCUCUGACACAAGUUCACAGCUGGAAAUGGAGGAAGGCAUGCCAGGCUGAAAAAGUGAGGUUUCGAACAAUUUUGAAGAAGUUUAUCAUCUGUUGCAGCCAGGUCCGCAACUUUCUUCGCUCCAUUUCACCCAUCUGUUAGUGACCGGCAGAAUAAGAAACAUGCCUGCCAUUUUUCAGGGUCAAACCAAUGUCGCAGCAGAUGCCCUCACCCAUUUUAUUUUUUUAAUUUUCAUGCUUCAGCAAGUGUACAGUCCAAACAUCGUACGGUGCUUUCAUUUUGUUCCACAUGUUGUGGUGUUGCAUUGUGAACUAUAAACAUCCAGAUUUUUCCUGUUGAGUCCAUUGUUCAAAUUAAAAAAGAAGGCGCAGGUGUUGAAUGUUGCUGCCACAACCAGUGUUUCCAGUUGCCGUUGAAGCUGUCAACACUCUCAGCCUUUGUGUAUUGCAGUGUUUAUUGAACUGUCUCAUUGUUUGGCUGUGUGCUAGUGACCCCUGAAAGCUGACUGUGUUGAUUGAUUGAUUUGUGGGGUUUAACGCCGCAAAA